AUGGCUGCCCUUCGAAAUACUCUUACUCUUAUGCUUGUCUUCGUCGGUUCUUACACAUUGUUCUCCAUCCAAAAACCACUCAGAGGUCCAAAUAGUCUUCAACGGCCGUAUUAUGGAUCGGGUUUGUAUGAUUGGGGACUAUUAGGCCUUAAUCCUGCUCAACAUUAUCAAUCCUUUACCGGAAGUUCCAUCAAACCGAACGUGAUACGGACGGACGACCGAUGCAGCUACGGCUGGUUCUUCGUUGAGCCCCUGAAUCGUCUCGCACAACAGCCGUUCAUGAUAUUUGAUCAUGAUCUGAACCUUGUCUGGACACCAACAGCCCCUGAAUGGAAGAAUGCCAGAGAUGCCAAAGUGCAAAGCCUCGACGGAAACAACUAUAUCACAUUCCUGUACGGCUCAGAAACGUCUGUCGGCGGUCAGGGGUAUGCCUUGAUUGACAACACUUACCGGCUUUACAAAACGGUCGAACCUGUCGGCGUCCUCGGCUAUUUGUCCGGACUUCGCCUUACAUCAGACGGCACAGCGUUAAUCAUCAUCCAUCAUGCCUCGACACACCCCAAUAAGAAACCCAAGGACAUUGACACCGUUUUCCAGGAAAUCGACCUGGACUCGGGGAAGCUACUCUUUGAGUGGCGAGCCUCAGAUUUCAUACACGGAUCUGGCCAACCUAGCAAUCCCAACCCAACUUUCUUUCAACUUCAAAAUGUUGACAAAGAUGCCGACGGCAACUACCUCGUAUCCUCCGGUAACACUAUCCUUUGCAUCAGUAAAGAAAAUGGAAAGGCUCUCUGGCAACUUGGCGGCAGUGGCAACGAGUUCCGAGAUGAAUCUGCUGGGUCCGCUACCUCCUUGUCAAACCAUCAUGUUGCCUCUUGGCAUAAUAACACGACACUCCUUGUCACAAACAACAACCACGGGGACAACAGAAGCAACAUCUUGAUUUAUGUCAAACUCUCAUUUGAUAAAAUGACGGCGACUGUCAUCAAAGACAUCAGCCCACCCGUUGACACUUCUUCCAAAAUGGACACAUUUCAACUUUUAGGCAACGACCAUAUCCUUGCACAGGACACGACGACUUCCAAGGUCAUCGAGUCGUCAGUCAAUGAGACGUUUUGCGAAGUAGAUUUCGCUCCUUCUCGUCUCUCAUCAAGGUGGACUACAAAGUACCACGUGUCCAAGUAUGAAUGGUCUGCAAACCCUCAGACGUCGCCGGACAUUGCCGUUCGCCCUGAUGAAGGUGCUAUCUACGUUAGUUGGAAUGGUGGAACAGACAUAGAUGCUUGGAUAUUGCAGAGUGGACCUAAGACCGAAGGAACCGUCUUUAUUGACCAUUUGAGGAUAUCGAAAACGAGCUUCGAAACGCGAAUCGAACUGCCGAGACGAACCGAAGAGUACAUAAGGGUCGUGGCGUUGGACAAGAAGUGGAAGAUGGCUUCACACUCUGUGGCGGUUUCGAGGCACGUUCCCUUUGGUGGAAGUAGGCGUGUGCCAGUAUUGCUGGCUUUGGCAGAAGGGAUCUUUAGGAUUCGUACCCGCAUCAUUCUACUGGCCCUUGUGUUUUGUAUAAUGCUGUAUUGUUAUCUCGGUGCUUGCUUGCCUCUGUUUCGCAAGAUGAGGCAUCCGAAUUCACCUCGGGCGAGAAAGAAUCUGUAA